AUGUCCGUCCCCACGCUGGCCGCCGCGCGCACGCUGCUCGGCCAGCGAGACCACCGCACCGGGGAAGAAGCUCAGCUGUCCUUUGAAAACUUCCCAACGGUCGGCCUUGCAAAGACGUACUGCGUUGAUGCUCAAAUAGCUGAUUCAGCUUGCACGGCAACUUCUUACUUAUGUGGAGUUAAGACGAAUCUGGGAACGAUCGGCGUGACCGCAGCCGUGCCUCGCGGAGACUGCCCGUCGUCAGCGGACAGCGCUACCCACGUCGAGUCGAUCGCCGCUUGGGCGCUCGCCGAUGGCCGGGACGCAGGUAUCGUAACGACAACCCGCGUGACGCACGCGUCGCCGGCGGGCGCGUAUGCGCACGUUGCUAACCGCGACUGGGAGAGCGAUGUAGACGUGUUAAACGACUCACACGAUCCCGGAUCGUGCCCCGAUAUCGCUUAUCAACUUAUCCACUCAUAUCCUGGCAACGAGUUUAAGGUACAAUUAAUUUUUUAUUUUCAAUAA